GAGGCCCCCGAGGCGAGAUUUCGUCCCCCUCCGGCGGCUUUAGCUGGAGGCCGACCCGGCAGCGCACCUCUCUCGCCACAGACAUGUUAACGGCAGGAUGAAGCUGGAGGCCGUGGUGGAGCAGCUGCAGAAGCAGCAGCAGCAGCAACAGCAGCACCAAGCGCCUCCGCAGAUGGAUUCCCGGGAGAGGCAGCAGAGGCAGGCGCGGGAGGCGCCGCCGCACUACGGGCAGCCGGCGCAGCAAGCGGCGCUCUCGGCCGCCUCCGGCAAGCCUUCCGGUGACACGACCCACUCUCACCUGGCCCGAGUCCCGCCCGUGUUUGGGGCUGCCCGAACAUUCGACCAGAGCAGCGUGAACUCGGAGGAGGACGAGGAGGAGGAGGAAGGCGAUGAGGACUUGGAAGAAGAAGACGGAGACCUGGAGGACGAUGCGGCCGCCCCCGCGCACGGCAAGGACGCGUGCUCCGCCCUGAAGUAUUUUCAGGCUUCUAAAACGGGUCCCCCCAACCAAAGAGUGGCUUCCUCUUUGCAACCCCUGCCGGCCCUCGGGGCGCAGCGAGGACACCACGGGAAGGAAGAGCAGGGUAAAGAGGCGGCCGGCGUUCUGUAUUCCGGCUCCUUGUCCGGGAGGCAGAUGUGGAGGCUGGACGAGCAGCAGCUCAAGCAGAACGGGAACCUGAGCUGGAACGAAGAAGCAGACAGCAGCCGAGGGAGAGAGGUGUCUCGAGACUUUGCCAAGUUGUACGAACUGGACGGCGACCCCGAGCGGAAGAAAUUCCUGGACGACCUCUUCGUUUUCAUGCAGAAAAGGGGAACGCCGAUCAACCGCAUCCCCAUCAUGGCGAAGCAGAUCCUGGACCUCUACAUGCUCUACAAGCUGGUGACCGAGAAGGGCGGGCUGGUGGAAAUCAUCAACAAGAAGAUCUGGCGGGAGAUCACCAAGGGCCUUAACCUCCCCACCUCCAUCACCAGUGCCGCGUUCACGCUUCGCACACAGUAUAUGAAGUACCUCUAUGCAUACGAAUGUGAGAAGAAGUCCUUAAGCUCCCCGGCAGAACUUCAGGCCGCCAUCGACGGCAACCGGCGGGAAGGCCGCCGGCCCAGCUACAGCUCCUCCUUGUUUGGCUACUCCCCGGCUGCCGCGGGGGGGCCGCCUUCGCUCCUGUGCCCCCCCAAGAUCCGCUUCCCCGUCGUCAGCCUCGCCCCCAGCGGCACGACCGGCGCCCCUCAUCUGUCUCCAGCGGCAGCUCUCAGGAAAGGCGAUGGCAUCCCUGUGACCGUGUCCACGCCAAAUCGCGUUGCCAUGCCUGUGACCUUGGCCAACCAACAGGCCGCCUUAGCAGCCCGAACGGCCACCUUGGAGCAGCUGAGAGAGCGGCUGGAGUCUGGGGAGCCCCCCGAGAAGGUCUCGCGGAUGACGGAGGAAGAGCAGCGGUUCGUCCAGCAGGCCUUCCAGCGCAACCUGUUCAGCAUGGCGCGGCAGCUGCCCAUGAAGAUCAAAAUCAACGGGCGAGAAGAUAAAUCAGAUUCAGCAGCAACGGCAGCCGCAGCGUUGAAUUGGACCCCGUCCGGCUUCGGAAGCAUCAACAUGUCUGUGGAAAUCAAUGGCACAAUCUACGCUGGAGUGCUGUUUGCCCAGAAGCCGGUCGUCCACCUCAUAGCUGGAUCGAGCGCGCAGAGUACCGGUGGGGGCAGUAGCAACAGCUCUCACUGCUCCCCCAGCCCCACCUCCUCGCGGGGCACUCCCAGCGCCGAACCCUCAACCAGCUGGUCUCUCUGAGGGAAACCGAGGGACGGGUCUCCAGCUUUGAAGCGGCUCCUCAUCACCCUGAAGGAGCCAGUGGAGUUUUCUGUCUUUCCUCUUCCUUUUUUUAAAAAAAAAAAACCUCAUCUCGAGGGAAACCCGCUUUUGCGAUUGGCUGACGGCAGAGAAUGGGAGGUUCCAUGCCGGCUGAACUCCCCGCUGGGACUGUUCUCGCCGUCUGUCCUUAGCCUUUCUUCAGGUUCUUGCUGUGUCCAGGGGAGGGAGGGGAGGAUAAAGGGUGGCAAUGGGGGGACACAGAGCGUGUUUCAAUCAGGGAUUCUCUCGAGGGGCUGUGCAUUUCUGUAAAUGACUGAGCAUCGCCAUGGUAGCAGAAGGCUACCAUUAAACCCGUUCCCCGAAUCAGAAGCCCAAAGGAGUGUGUUUAAAAAAAAAAAAAUGUCUGCAGUGUAUUGACAAUCCUUACCCCGGAGGCAGCGGUGGGAUACAGCUGAUUCUCUCUCACCCACCCUCUCGGAUGCGGCUUGGCACACACGUUGACUCGACCUUUCUGCAUGUUGCUGGCAUGUGGUUCUUAUUUUCUUUCCCCAUGCGCCUUCCACUCCACCCACCUAGGCUUUGUAGGCCUUGUCCUCUGCUUGAACCUUCUCCCUUGAGUCCAGACCGCUGCUUUCCUCUGGAGUAAGUCAGCAUCAGCUCUCCUUUGUGAGCUCUAGGGAAAGCCCCCCCCCAGCCUAACUGGGGCUUCCUUUUCACACUUGACUGCAAAAUUCCUUUUCAGUGUGUGGGGGGACAUGGAUCUUUUCUUCCCUCGCCUGCCAAAUAUCUCAGCGUAAGGGCUGUUUGAGAUUCCCCCCUCUUGCUAUUUUUGUCCAAAGAGCUCAUGAGAGCAGACGUGGUUCUUCCAUUCCUCUGUGAUGCCCCUGAGAGGUCGACCAAGCUAGGGAAUAAGCAGUGGUCCCUCCAGGUCAUUUCAUGGGUCAGGCGAGGAUUCAUACCUCUCCCCGACUCCUUCCCCUAAUUGAGCGCCCCUUAAUGGCUAUGCUGUGCCAACUCCGUGUGGCAUUUGCAGAAGGGAGUCGGCUGCAUCACGGCUCUACAAGCCCCGCUUUCAAAGCUCCUUAUUAUCUCCUUCCCUUUGAAGUCGUUAUAAGGAUCAGGGAAGCCAUCUUGGUUGCUCCUAUAAUUGACCUUCCUGCUUGCUGACUUCCCCGGCCUCCCGUUUUGUCUCCCUCUUGUUUGUAGACACAGGUCUCAUUCUCUGCUGUACUCUUUCUCCUUCCCCCCCCCACUCCGCCCCAUUUUCAGCCCAUCCAUUCAUAACCCGCCACCCGGUUCCCUUGCCAGAGAGAUCAGCCUUCCCCCCCUCUCCUACCCAGCGAUCUUGGUCAUCCUCCAGUUAUGCACCAGCUUCUCCUGAGCAGACAAAAAUACCUCAAAAACAUGUACUUAAUUGCUGUGCAUGUGUGUGUGCGUGUGCGUGUGGAUUCCCCCAUCCCACCCCAUUCUCUCGCUCUCAGUUCUGGAAGGAUUUGUGUAUGUUAAAACUUCUUUUUAUAUGUCUCGUUGACUGCUUUUUUUUAUUUUAUAUAUUGUAGCACCAAAGACACACCCAUCCCUUCCCCAGUGCCCCCAAAAUUGAAUCCCCCAAGUGCGGAAGGGUCAGGUAGCUUUUCAAGGUCUCCCGAUUCAGCACAGAAGCACUUGACUGGUGGUAUCUCAGGCAAGGGGCCACUAGGGGGCGAAAGUCGCGAACAGGUCUCUCGGGCCGUCUUGUCUCACGUUUGAUUUAAAAGGGAGCAUGAGAGUUAAGCGUUCAGGGUUUUCGGAAUACCCCAGGUUAGAUGUGUUCCGAUUCUCAUGCAUGGGUUUGCCUCUCCUCUUUCCCUGGUAUCCCGGAAGUUAAGCCCUGCCUGCUAGGGGCAAUAAGAGAAGAGGACCUAGGUCUACCUACAACACACUGAAGCUUGCCAGAUCUGAGUUCCAGUGUGCAUGGUAGAUACGGACUCAAAACAGGAACCGUUAAGAGUCCUCGCUUGAAAGACAUUCGGGUCCAUCCGUGCCUGUCUCCUCUAUACAGGCUGCGUUGUUAGCAGCAGUUGCUUUCCAGAGGGAGGUCAGGACCCCAAUUGUGAAAAUCCAGUUCUCGGCACUUCUCAUGUCGGUUAAGCUGCUGUUCUGUCGCCGCUUCCCUGAGCAGAGGGGUGAGCCCCUCACAUCUGGACAAAUCUGUGGAGAUUCCCCACCCCCACCCCGAGAUACGCCUGUGGAGGAAAAAUUGUCUUGGAACUGAAAGGCCGCCACAAUCACGUCAAGGAAGAAAAUCUCGGGUGGGCUUCUGGUUCUGACAUCUUCUAGGGAUGUUCCUCCGUAGAAGUGCAUCUGAAAUCUCUCCUGGGUGGCAUGUGACAUUUGGAAGAAACUCUCGUGGGAAAGAUUAUUUACUUGAACACUCCCUAGUCAGAGAAAGCUCCCCUUUAUUUGUUUGCUGCCUGCUCAGUUUGUAGUGUGGCCUUCUUUAAAAAAGGAAAUUAGGGUGUGGUGUUGGGAUUUCGCUGGCUUUAUGAUGACUUUUGAAGCCAGUUCUCCGGAGCGGAGCGUUUUCAGUGGUAGCCCCACAUUGGCACAGACGCAGCUGGCCCUUCUGUGAGCAGACUGGCCAUUUGAGGCACAGCAGGAUGCUUUUCUUCUCCGAUUGGGGCCUGAGGGAAAACUUAAACGGGUGUUGCUGUGCUGAAGUCACCCUGUGAAGAAAAAGGGGCGUGCAGCAAAAUAGUUCUCAGCCCCCGUCUGGAGGACAGAGCAGUCAUUCCGCAAGCCUUCAGACAUGGGUACCCCUGCAGCAGUCCAUCCUUCAUGAAAAGAUAAGGGUAGAAAAGGCUGGACUGGAGAGCCAAAGCUGGUCACAGAAUUCCAAGGACCAUCUUCCAUUUUUUGUACAUUAAAAGUUUGCCGCAACAUGGCAGGUCGGCUCCGGUAGCAGCCCAAGAGAGGGUUGUCUGCUUAAACAGCUGGUCUCAAAACAACUAGCUAUUUGUGUGGGUGUGGGCAGUGAAAUUAGGCAGGUGGCUUAGGGCUCGAUCUCCUGUCGACUUUGGCUUUCUCUCCUUUGAGCAGAACCCGCAGUGUAAUCUAGCCGCUGGGCCCCCUCGUUUCUCUGGGACGUUUCAUCGUCUCUAUCGCCUUCAGUUUCCCUUCCUGCACAGUCUUGGGAUUUAUCUCAUUUUUAAUAAUGGCCUUUCAACCAAGGGAGGCUGUGGCAUCCCAGCUUGGUGAAUGUUACUUCUAGAAAGCAGUUGGUAUGGAAUCCUGACAGCAUCUGCUUUUUUAAAUAACGUGUUUCUAGUCCUUAUUGUGAUAAGCAGUGAAAAACCUGGAAAUGCGCGCUGUGGCUUUUGGAUCUAGCACACUUCCCAGCCUUUCUAUACUUCAGUGCCCGGGACCUUGAGCAAACCUCAGUUUUCCUUCCCCGGUCCCUAAAAAAACAAGAACAAACUUUAAAAAAAAAAGCGAAAAUUCGGCAGCAAAAGCAGAUUUUUUUGAAAAGUGAAAAUUCGGCAGCCGAGCGGAUUAAGCGAAUAUCCAAAAUGAUCCAUUUGCGCAGACCUCGCUUUGCUUAGUUACCGAAGGUGGCGGAUCCCACUUUCAGAACUUGUGAUUCCUCUCCCCCCCUUUCCCUAAUGCUUGGCUCUAAACUUCUGUCCAAGUAGGAGUUUCAUGGGGAGGGGGUGAAAUGUGGUUUUCCGAAAUGAUUUUUUUUUUUUGCAAGUUUUGGGGUCAAAGAGAAGUACUGGGAGUUGGUUGUGUUUGUGUUGAUCAGAUGUGAAUAUGACGUAGUUCCGGGUACACCUCAGCUGUAUAUCAACCAGGGGCAGAGAUACGUGGGCCCAGGUCAUGGCUGUAGGGGCCUGAACCCUCCCCAUGCUUUCAAUUUGCUCCCCCACAAGCACUUUCGCCCUGCCCAGCUUGCUUCUGAUCUCCUGGCUCAACAAAAGCACCCUGGGGAAGAGUGGGGGAGUGCGGGGGGGGGGGGGCUUUCGUUACGUCUAUCAACCCUUGCCCUAAAACUCAAGCUGCAGCCAACCCUGCUUUUGGACACGAUCCGGGGAGGCGGAGCCAGGGUUUGAGACCGACCCCUUCAGCCUUUGCAUCUAACUGUGACCCCGUCUUCAUCUCGAACGAAUAUUGCAUUUUCUUGCACAGAAAGCCACUUGGAUCCCCAGCGGGGAAAAAAAAAAGCUUCUGCCGUCACGAAUUUUCAUGCCUCUGAGUUUCACAGCUAGCCGGGCACAGGCAGGGAUAACAAAAGAUUGUCCAGAUCCAAUUCAGGGGGGGAAAGGGUAGACCCUUGUGGGAUUUGUAACCAUAUAUACCUCAUUCGAAAUAAGCUGCAUCGGCACUCCAGGCCCUUUGUUUCUGGGGGGUCAGCUGUUUUAAACUGUGAAAAUCACACCCCUUUCCUUUGCCUCGUUUUUGACGCUGGUAAUUUUGACUGCAUUUGUUUUGUUUUUGUUUAAAAGCCGCUUCUGCUGCUGUGACCAGACUUGGGGGGGUGGGGGCGGGGUGGAACGGGCGUGGGAACAAGUUCGGAACCAGUAGCAGAAAAGUUGGGGGGAGGGUUCACCAGGCCUAUUGACCGUCAACCUCUAAAGAUUUUAUGGUAACUCGGGGGUUUUGAUACGAGAGCAAGGGCUGUUCCUUCUUGCAUGCUGGGUUUUCUUUGGCGGGGGCGCUCUCUGCCCCCCCCCACGCCUCUCCGAGCACCAGACCAAAGUCCCAGCUUGCAAGAGUGGCACAAACCAAAAGCCUGACAAACACACCCAAAGCCGGUUUUGGUACCGAUUCAGACCAUUUGGCCCAGUGUUUGACCCUCUGAGGUCUCGGCGGGAGGCUUUUUCAAGCCCAUUUUUAGCUGGCAAUUGUGACAACUCGAUGCUCUGGACUUCUUCACACCACCAAGUCUGUGUUGUCAGACCGGGCUUCUGGUUUGAAGCCAGCAAUGCCCCCCCCCCCCCCAAAUCUGACUGUACCCAUAAGGAUUAAGGACACAGUUCCUUCGACUUUUGGAGAGGGAGGGAGGGAGCGUUCUCCCCCAGCGUGUGCUCAGGGCCUUCCCAAAUGAACCAGGUAUGGAUAACGGAGCCCUCUCCUCAGCUGCUUCCGGGCAGGUUCCAAGGAGAGGCUGCUCCCCCAAUCAGCAGCCGUCUCCGCCUUGCGACUAGUUUAUUGUUAACUAUUUAAAGGAAAACGAAAUAAAAUGUGAUAGCCUAGAUGGUGAAUUAAAUACCUCAGAUGUCUCCUUCCAGCAAAAGUCGUCUGUAUAUGUUGUUGUUGGAUUUUUUUUUCCUAUCUUACAUGUUAUCUGAAUGUUUAUAUUCCAAUAAACUUCUACCUCUUCAUAUAA